UUUAGUAAAUGUGAUAACAUUUGGCUGGACAGGUUAUGUUAGCAACAAUUAAAAUUCAUAUAAUGUAAUUGGUUUUUGAGAAUGAAUGUAUACAUUCUAAUUUAUUUUAAAUCCUGUUUGUAAUAAUUUAAAUUCAUGUAAUGUAAUUUGCUGUUGUAUAUGAACAUGUUUCAGCACCCAUCUAAGGUAAGGUUAUUGUAGAAAUUUAUUCAAGGAGGGUAUUGACCAUGGUAAAAGGUGAAUGUCAUAAACAUUUGGCUGGGAUAGGUUAUGUUAGCGUCAAUUUAAAGUCAUGUAAUGUGAUUUUGCUGUUGUACCUGUAUGUUCAUGUUUUAGCAGGUUUCUAUAAUGUAAGGCUAUGACCAUUUGUAUACUUAAUUAUUGAAGUAGUGGUAAAAAUCUGUGUAUAAAAGACAGAGGGUAUUCUCUAAUAUUCACCAGUCUUCAAGAUUUCAUCCCAGGACAAGAAGCUCAGUUCAACAGAAAUACUACCAAAAUAAAAUGUCGUACCGUACAAUUGCUUCAACUGAUUCAGAGAAUGAACAUUUUAGCGAAUCAAUUGAUAUAAGACCGUCUUUUUCAAAAACAAAACCUGGAUCAAAACGUUCUGCAGAAAAAACAAGUGUUAAAAAACCUAUGAAAAAGAAGCAGAAUAAAAUGAAUGCAUCAUACAGAGAUAAUAUCAGCGAACGCUUGAGAUCAGAAGAUUUUGAUGUUGAAGUAUUUAAUUCGCUAACAUUCAGACAAGGAGAUGGCGUUGUGACAAUAAAGACGCCUUUUGAAGAAAAAGGAAAGGAUCUUUGGGUGCUAAGUCAUUAUAAGGUUACUAACAUCGAGAAUGUACCAGUAAAGGACAGAUGGAAGUUCAGUGAAGCUACUGUUAGAUUGUACACGACCGACGAAUCAAAAGAUCAAACACUUCAUACUGGUCUUAAUGAGACAAUGCAAAUUAUAUUUGAUAAAUUACUAACCGAUCCAAAGCGUCAAACUAUUAAAAGCAAGACGGUUGUUUGAUUAUUAUACGGAAAAAUGAGUUUCAUUUAAUAAAACAAAAUAUUAUUAUACA